CGCAGAGCACUUUGACACGCGCGACUGUGUACACGGCUCGGGUCUUUGGGGAGAAAUUUUGCAUACCCGAAUUCGUUCUCGGGACAUCGGUAUUGUGUCUCUGGACUCGUAGGCGGUAGAUCGCUGCUCCUGGACCCGGUUUGCGAGAUGGGACUCUUUCGGGUCGUUGGGGCCGUUUUGGUCCUCAUGGUGAUUUCAACCGACGAAGUCGUCGAAGCCCUCACCAUUCGAGGAUCGUCCAAACAAUUCGAGGAUCCAGACGUCGAUAUGAACUUAACACUUUUUAUGCUGCCUCCAUCCAUGAGUAGCGAAAACAUUGAAAAAGAAAAUCAAACCCUACCUGAAGUGGGGGACGCAAAUAACACUGAAAGUGAUGUCACCGAAGGUAACGAUUUGACAACCCCAGAGACAGCCGUUUUGCUGGAUUUUAAAAACGCCUCGACGACCAUCAGUCCGACCGACAUAGUCGAAUCCUCAUCGCAACGAAUUGUCAUUUCGGAGGAAAAAAUGGAGAACGAAACCAGCGAUGACACCAAUUUACCUUUAGCUGGCGAAGCUACGAAUCCGCCAGAGCUUUUGUACAAUACAACAGAGCUUACUGCCGACGUUGACUCUGUCGGUAAGUUAGACAUUGCAGGAGGAAUAAACGACACCCUCCCGAAUUCCGACAAUUCCACGUUACCAGAUCCAUCGAGUGAUGCUGUUACCGAUAUCAUCGAUACUAUCGACAAUUCAUCGAUAACGGAAAAAAAUUUAACGGACAAUUCAGUUGACAUCAACUCGGUCACCUCAACCGAAAGUAGCGAAACAACUACGACGUUCAAUUCAGAGCCAACAGAGCUGGAAUCAGACGACAACCCGCAAACCGAAGUUCCAACCGGAUUGACGAACUCGUCGGUUGAAAUGCCGAUAAAUCAACCCACGGUUGUAAGCACUAACGCAUCAGUCAGACACAAUUUCAAGUAUCUCGUGUCAAAGGACGCGAAUGUUUUUUGCAUCUUGGCUUCCAUGAACGUGUCGUUUAGGGUUCCCUAUCGCACUGUAGACAAUAAGAUCGUUACGAAGGAAAUUCAAAUACCAAUGAGUAACGUGACUGUGAGCGGCGAUUGCGGAUUCAAUGGUACGUCGGCCUCGAUGACUUUAGCGUGGAAGGGUUCGCAGAACAGCAGCGAUAACAGUAGCAUCACGUUUCAGAUAACGCACGAUCACAAAGUUUUUUACGUUGAGCGUGUGUACGUUACGAUAUUCUUGGACGAGGACAAUUUUCCAAAUAGCACAGACAUAGUAAUAACAGGAAAUAAAACGAAAAAUCAUUCGAUUAAAUUGUUUUCUGCGUCGAUGAACAGUGGUAUUUACACGUGUAAUUCUCUGGUAAAAAUUUCCUGCGGCGAUAUCGACGUGUUGAUGAACAAUGUAAGUCUCAUUGCUUACAACGACAAACAAGAUGUUUUCACGCACAGAAAAGAGGAACAAUGUACUAACACAACGAUGUUGGCAGACAUGUGGAUCUCCAUUAUUAUAAUGGGCAUAAUAGUUUGUAUGAUCGUGUCGACAAUGAUGAUCUGCUACAGACUCCGAAAGAGAAAAAACCACCCCAGAUCAGAACUGCCCGAUUGAAACAUGUCGAUUUGAGAGUAUUUGCCGGCAAAGUGACUUGUGUGCGUCACCAUUUUUGUCCGUCAAUCAUUCAGAUAGUAUUGGACAAAAAACAAUUUGCAUAUUUUUGUUUCGAUAGUUAAAUGCUGUGUUAAUAUGACGAGUGUAUUAUUGUGUUGAAGGAAAACAUGCAUUGUUAUACCUUUUGCAUUUUAUUUUCUCAUUAGGUUUUAAAAUUUUUUAAAAAUUAUUCAUUACAUUCGUGAAUAUUUGUGUCGGGAAAAGACUGAGGUUUAGUUAGGAAUGAUAAAAAAUAAAACUUGGGAAAAUAUGUUUAUUUAAGCAUAUUUCAUGUGCAUUGCUUUAUGAACAAAUUGAUUUUGACUGUACCAUAAAUGUAUGCCUUAUGCAAUUAACAUAUUGUACAUGUAAAAUAACAUGGCAUUGUUGUCUAUAUUGAUUAAUCAAGACGAGAACUAAAAAUUAUUUUAAUUCAUUUUUUUUUUAACAUCGUGAAGUCAUCGUGUACAACGAAGUUGUUAAUAAAUAUACAAUUCAUAACAAAUAA